UCAGACAUGCGGUCCACGUUACCUCCGAGCGGGGAUUCACGGGCUCCCCCGAACGGUACCUUGAAACAUUGCACGGCAUCAGACCUUAAUUCAUCGACUUCGUAACUUUCGAGACCAUAAUCGAGCGUCAACCACGUCCUAAAAAUUCUUGAGAGGUUCAAUCAAAUACAUAAAAUGUCGGCACCUCUGCGGUCACUCUGGACACAUCCAGAGGUCGCUUCUACGAGAAUUGAGUCAUUUCGUCACUUGGCCAACGAGAAACAUAACUUGAGCCUCAGUAACUAUCAUGACCUCUGGGAAUGGUCGACGGACAGCCUGAAUGACUUUUGGAUGCUUCUUUGGGAGUUUACAAAAGUCCAGGCUUCAAUUCAGCCAGAUUACGCCAUUACGGACUCAGAGGCAGCCAGCCUCACCCCAGUCCCGAAUUGGUUUCCACAAGCAAGAUUCAAUUUUGCUCAGAAUAUCCUCGAAUCAAGCUAUGCUCCGCCGGUUGAGGACGAAAGACCGAUACUUACGGGAGUUCGAGAAGGCGGAAGCAAUAUCGAACAUGUCUCCCUCUCCGAACUCCGUAGUCGCGUCGGAGUUCUUGCCAAUGCACUGACACGCGCUGGAGUACAAAGACUUGAUCGCGUGGCCUGCAUUGGAUCAAACAGUAUCAGUACAUUCACUAUAUUCCUAGCUGCGGCAUCGAUAGGUGCUAUUUUUACCUGCUGCUCUCCUGAGAUGGGUGAAAAAGGCAUCCUCGACCGCUUCCUGCAAGUGAAGCCAAAAGUUUUGUUCACCGACGACUGGAUCGUCUACAACGGCAAACGGAUUGAAUGCUUGGAGAAAGCCAAGCGGGUCGCAUCUGUUCUCCGGACACGGGGCGAUCUACAGACCUUGGUAGUGAUCCCCCGAGACAACGAGAGUUACAUGGAUGAUUUGGAAGCCGGCUUUCAGAGCCUCCAAAGCUUCUCGGCAGGCGUGGCAGAGAACUACGCCUUCGCCCAAUUGCACUUCUCACAUCCACUUGUAGUUGUCUACUCCUCCGGGACGACUGGGCAACCUAAAUGUCUUGUGCAUACUGCUGGAGGCGUACUUUUGAAACAGAAGCUCGAGCAGAUUCUGUGCACAGACAUGACCGAAAAUAGUGUCUACAUGCAGUAUACAACGACAAACUGGAUCAUGUAUCUCUACGCAGUCUCCGGCUUGCUGAGCGGAGCCCGGUCAAUUCUCUACGAUGGAUCGCCUGUCAUCCCAAGUCCGGUCAAAUUUCUGGAUAUGCUCGGCCGCCUACAGGUUACACACUUUGGUACCAGUGCACAUUAUCUUUCUCUUCUGGAAAGUUCGGGCAUUACGACAAAAGACGUCAAUAACCUAAAGCGAUUGAAAGUUAUAACAAGUACUGGAUCAGUGCUCACAGAGCCGCAGUACUAUUGGGUCUACAAGGUCUUUGGGCCAGUUCAACUCAGUAGUAUAGCCGGAGGGACGGACAUUGCAGGGGCUUUUGUCGGUGGUGCACCAAAUCUACCUGUUUAUGCCGGUUGGUGCCAGGCGCGAACGCUUGGCAUGAACGUCCAGAUUUAUUCAGAUGAUGGUCAUCCCAUCGAAGCAACUGGCCAGGCUGGCGAACUAGUAUGCACAGCACCGUUCCCGUCACAGCCGGCAUAUUUCUGGGGCGAUGAAGACGGCAAACGAUACCACUCUGCAUACUUCGAGAAGUUCCAAGGUAUUUGGCACCAAGGAGACUAUAUUCGUAUGGAUCCUGUGACAAAAGGCGUUCAAUUUCUUGGUCGAAGUGACGGCGUUCUAAACCCAUCCGGCGUGCGAUUCGGAAGCGCAGAAAUCUAUAAUACUCUAACAAUCUUCACCCAAAUCGAAGACAUGCUAUGUAUAGGUCAGCGACGGUUGCAUGAUCGUGAUGAGCAAGUCUUGCUAUUCGUCAAAAUGAAAGAGGGCCAUACCUACGACAAUAAGCUCGAAAAGGCAAUCAGAACACGUAUUCGACAGGACCUGAGUCCCCGGCACGUUCCAAAGUUCAUCUUUGAAACACCCGAGAUACCAAUGACCGUGAAUGGGAAAAAGACAGAAUUGCCGGUGAAAAAAAUCGUAUCGGGUCAAAAGGUCACCCCAAGCUCAACGAUCUUGAAUCCUGCUUCACUGGAAUGGUACGAGCAAUUCGCUCAUAUCGACCAGAAAGGGUCGCUCAAAGCAAAUCAUAAGCUAUAAGCAAAUUGUCUCGGUUCGAAGUACGUGAAGAUCGAGAUGGCGGGAUAGUCACACGUACUUUGACGACAUUAGUCGUCUACGCUAUCUAGACUUGAUCAUGUGGGCUAGUCGAAUCAUCUGUUGGUCCGGGCGUUGCAAAGAGAGGGUUGACGCUUUGGCUAGAGGUACUCAGGCAACUUCAGGCCUUUCUUUUGCGACCUUUUUUUUGCAAAGCGGGU